CCAAAGUUGUUGAAGGAAAACCUUGGUAGUUGUGCAGGCAGUUUCGGAAGCAUCUGGGUUUAUGUGACUGGUUGUUCAUUUGUCAGACUGUUAGUCGUUGCAAACAACACUUGGAGGCUGAACCAGGAAUCAUGAUGUUAGAGCUGCCAGAAGGAUUUGAAGAUGUUGCUGUUGGAUUUUCAAGAGAGGAGUGGGACCUACUAAGUGACCAGGAGAAAGAGCUGCACAGGGAGGUGAUGGUACAGAACUACGAGACUAUGAUUUCUGUAGGUUACAACAUCCCAGUGGACCAACUUUGGUUAAUUAUUAAGAAACAUGAGACAAUUCCACCUGGCGACAGUGAAGAAGGAAUGAUAGUUCAACAAAAGCAGCUUCCUGGUAACAGCACUGACAAUUUCAGUGAAAUUCAGAGUCAGCAGCCAUCAUGUGGAAUGCUCAAGAACUUCAGAUGUCAUAAAACUUUGCCGGCUAAGGUUUUUAGUACAAGAUAUGACCAGGAGCAAACCGAAAACCAGUACCCUAACUGUGUGGAAAGCACUGAUGGUUUUGUACAGAAAACUAAACUUGAAAUGCAUCUGAAAACUCCUGGAGAGGAAAAAGCAUGCAAACGGGUUAAUUUCUACAACACAUUACGUCUUCAUAGUGGCUUUUGGAAUCAUAGUGGGAAAAAUCAGAUGAAUACAUUGGAAACAGAUGAACCUGUUUUCACCAGCAAGAAGCUAAAAAAAAAUGUUGUACCUGCUAAUGAGAGAAAAGUUAAACCUCACAUACAUGCCACAUGUUUCACAAAGAGGACAGAGUUGGUAGACCAUCAGUAUAUCAAGAAUGAAGACAAAAAAGUACAUAAACGUGCUGUGUGUGACAAAGGCUUUGUACAGAAGAGUAAUAUUAUAAAACACCAGUAUACCCACACCAAACAGAAUCCACACAAAUGUGAUGUCUGUGGCAAGACUUUUGCAGAUAAGAGGUACUUAAUAGGGCAUCAGCUUGGUCACACUGGAGAAAAACCCUAUAAAUGCACAAUCUGUGAUAACAGGUUUAUAUAUAAAAGUUCUAUGUUAAGCCAUCAGAACAUCCAUAUGGCAAAAAAACCUUAUAAAUGCCCUAUAUGUGGCAAGGAAUUUACACAGAAGGGUAACAUGAAGCAACAUCAGCAUGUCCAUUCUGGGCACAAACCGUAUAAAUGCACCAUAUGUGACAAGAGUUUUGUAUGGAAGAGAACUAUGGAAAUGCAUGAGAGUAUCCACACUGGACAGAAACCCUAUAAGUGCGCUAUGUGCGAUAAGAGGUUUACACAGAAGAGUACCAUGGUAACACAUCAAAAGGUCCAUACUGGGGAGAAACCCUUUAAAUGUACCACAUGUGGCAAGGGUUUCACUCAGAAAGGUAACAUGCAGCAACAUCAAUUUGUCCACAGUGAUCAGAAACCCUAUAAAUGCUCCAAGUGUGACAAGAGUUUUAUAACGAAGAGCAAUAUGGAAAGACAUCAGAAUAGCCACAGUAUCCAGAAAACCUGUAAUUGUGCCACACGUGGCAAAGGUCUUGUACAGAAAGAUAGCAUAAGGCAAUAUUAUGAUAUUUGCACUGGGCAGAAGUCCUGUAAAUGCAGUGUGUGUUACAAGAGUUGUGUGAAUAAAAGUGAAAUGGUAAACUACCAUUUAAAGACUCCAUAUAAAUGUGGUAUAUGUGACAAGAAUUUUAAAUGUAAGGCAAACCCGACACAUAAUCAGACUGUCCACACUGAACACCUCUUGAGGAUAAGAAAGAAAUUAUGUAUUGUUACUAUUAUGCAAGAAGCCCAGAAUUUCCAGACAGACGAUAUACAACAAGACUGACAAAAAUUAGAGGAACGAAAAAUACUUCCACAAGAAAAACUGUCAGAAGUUUCAAAUGUAAAUUUGUGUUCAUUAAUACAACAGAUUUAUGAAAAACAUUAUAUAGACCAAGAAGCUUUGGGCUGUUUGGAGAAGGAAGCAACCAAGGAAGUAUGAAAAAUAUAACAAACAGUAAAAGAAAAAUUUCAUAGGAUCAUAGGAGGUUACUAUGUUAUUGGCCCUAGGGCCCUUACAAGCCUAGCCACAUUUUGCCCUUGUUCCCUCAUAGAAUGAGAGAAAUAGCCUGUAUUAGUGCACAAAUUUAUGAUCAUAACUGACUGCCCUAUCCAUAAGGGACAUAGGUGAAACCCCCAGUGUGAAUUAACAGUUUCCAAUCCAAUACAGAAUCCUAGGACAGCAUCUGGGAACUCACGCACCGUCGGGUAUUGUGGGAGCUUUUUACAUCCACCUGAACGACCAUCAACUCAAGCAGAUUAGAUCAUAGUUUAACUUCACAUUCGAAGGAUGGCAGAUUCAAGAGUGCAGCACCUCCGUUAUGCUGCACUACAGUGUCAACAAUCAAAAGAACCCACAGCCUUUUGGUCUUCUAACACAAGAGGUGAGUGUGUUAUCUGCUGAACACGCUGACACCACAUUUUUUGAAAGGUAUAAAAAAGAAAUAUGGACAUGGGAAAGAAAGAGAGGUCUGAUAUGGUGCAUUAUUUAUGCA